UCACACUCUUCUUGAUGUUAUGGGCGGAUCUGCGUGUUCAUGGCUCCAGGGUCACAAUGAGUCCCCGCUGACCGAUCACAAACCCUCCUGAGCGACGACGUUAAGUGGGAAGAGAGGAGAAGAAAAACUGGGCAGCGAUGACAAUUUGGACAGCCUUAAUUGGAGAACUUGACAGCGUGUUAUAACAAACGCAGGGUCCUCCACUGGGCAUGCUCCAUCUGGUGCGUUUUUUUGUGUGUGUGUGUCUGUGUGGAGGUUUUGUCGCCCUCCAUUAUUUUUUAAAUUUAUUGGUUUUAACCACGCAGCAGCAAAAAACAGCUUCAGAUUGACUGUGGAUUGUCUCCUCUCAACAAUGCAUGAAUGAAAGGGGAAGUCCCUGAGCAGGAGAGCGCAUCUCUGCUGAGACAAAAGACCUGCUGUACGGUGGCGGUGAGUCGUUAAACGCAGAGAGAGAGAGAGAAAGAGAGAGAGAGAGAGAGAGAGAGAGAGAGAGAGAGAGAGAAGGAGCGGGCUGAGCGUCGGUGUGAAGGAGGUGAGUCUGCAGGCAGCAACAGAGGAGGGAGAGAGAACCGCGUCUCUAAGCAGGAGCUGCCCCGGACAGGCGCUGUCCGCUCAGCACCACCGCAGUCACCUUGCUGUGAAAGUCAUAAAUCAGUGCUCGGGGACUGAUCUGAUCAAUCACCGCAACUUGAGGGGUUGGGUCGAAAUUGCCAGCGUUGGUCCUUUUAUCUCGACAUCUUGGAUUUACCGACGAUGUGACGUCCAUUCUUGAAGUGAUGCCAUUGGCUGCAAUCGUUUUUUUUGGGAUUUCGAUUCUAUAUACCCUCCAGUGAGUCUGGCAGCUAAUAACGCGUUUAAUGAUCCUCCAGUUGCAUGGCAGGUGCGUGUAGAAAAUACAGGGGUAUCUAGAGAGAGAGAGAGAGAGAGAGAGAGAGAGAGAGAGAGGAUGCAGCCUGACGCGUGUGGAGCAUUUCUUUUCAUAGUUGGUGAGAAACGACAGGUUGCUGUGCGCUCUGCCUGCCUUAUAUAAUUGUUUCCUUCAGUCUAAUCACUGCCGUGCAUGGUCGCACGGUGCGCCUAGACUUAACUUUGCGAUGAAGGGAACUUAUUGGAGAAAUGCCUAGGGGACGCAAUGGGCCUGAGCGACGACAAGGAUCGCAUUGUGAUAAACGUGGGAGGGAUCAGACAUCAGACAUACCGCAGCACCCUGCGCACUCUACCUGGCACUCGCUUGUCCUGGUUGGCCGAGCCUGAUGCACCCAACCACUUUGACUAUGAUGCCAAGAUCGAGGAAUUUUUCUUCGACCGCCACCCUGGCGUUUUUGCACACAUCCUUAAUUACUACAGGACAGGUAAACUGCACUGCCCGGCUGAUGUCUGCGGGCCCCUCUAUGAGGAGGAGCUGGCCUUCUGGGGCAUUGAUGAGACAGACGUGGAGCCAUGCUGCUGGAUGACCUAUCGUCAGCACCGGGAGGCAGAGGAGGCCCUUGAUAGUUUCGGCGGGGGGGGCCUGUUAGACCUGGCGACCGAUGAUCAGGAGCCAGAGCCGGAGCAUGCUGAGGAUGAUGUGGAUGAGAUGACAAGGAGGCUGGCGCAGGGAGACUGUCCUGAUGCCAGAAGUGGAAGCCUGUGGAGCCGGUGGCAGAAAUAUGUUUGGGCUCUGUUUGAGGACCCUUACUCCUCUAAAUAUGCAAGGUGGGUGGCUCUGGCCUCGCUGUUCUUUAUUCUGGUGUCCAUCACCACCUUCUGUCUGGAGACCCACGAGGCCUUCAACCCCAUCAUCAACCGCACUGAGCUGGAGGUAGUGGACAACGUCACAGUGGAGCACACCUACCAGGAGACUGAGACUGCGCUCUACCUCACCUACAUUGAAGGCGUCUGUGUGGUGUGGUUCACUUUUGAAUUUUUAAUGCGAAUAACUUUCUGCCCGAAUAAAUUUGACUUCAUUCGGAACGCCCUAAACAUCAUCGACUUUGUGGCCAUCCUGCCCUUCUACCUGGAGGUGGGCCUCAGCGGGCUCUCAUCCAAGGCAGCUAAGGACGUGCUGGGUUUCCUGAGAGUUGUCCGCUUUGUCCGGAUCCUGCGUAUCUUCAAGCUGACCCGUCACUUCGUGGGACUGAGGGUGCUGGGCCACACGUUGAGGGCCAGCACCAACGAGUUCCUGCUCCUCAUCAUCUUCCUCGCUCUCGGUGUCCUCAUCUUUGCUACUAUGAUCUACUACGCUGAACGGAUUGGAGCUAACCCCAACGACCCUCGAGCCAGCGAUCACACGCACUUCAAGAACAUCCCGAUCGGAUUCUGGUGGGCCGUGGUGACCAUGACAACCCUCGGAUAUGGAGACAUGUACCCUCAGACAACCUCCGGUAUGCUGGUUGGAGCCCUGUGCGCACUGGCAGGUGUGCUGACCAUCGCCAUGCCCGUCCCUGUGAUUGUCAACAACUUUGGAAUGUAUUACUCACUGGCGAUGGCAAAGCAGAAACUACCAAAGAAAAAAAAUAGGCAUAUCCCUCGGGCACCCCAACCAGGUUCUCCAAACUUCUGUAAGUCAAGCAUCAGCUCCCAACCUCAGAGCCCCAUCGCCCAUGACGACGUUUUCGAGAUAAAGUUUCAAGAUUCCAAGCUGAACGGUGAGGCAGCUAAUGCGGCUCUGGCCAACGAAGAUUGCCCUCAUAUAGACCAGGCCAUAUCUCCGGAGGAAAUCUUCAGCCCCAGCGAGAGAGAGCGGCCCUGCUUCCUGGUUACCACUGCUGAACGCCCCAACCACACAGGGGGCAGAGUGAGGAGGGGUUAUGAAAAGCCUUGGAGCCUUAACAGCAUGUCUGGCAUGAGCGGGGAUGCCUCUGGAGUGUCCUCAGUGUCCGCCCUGCCCUGCAGCCCACCCUGUCUAAUGCAGCACUCACAUUCUCCCAUCCCAUCCAUUAUGUAGCAUGGUUGAGUAGCAGACACAAUGCCAUUGGAAGGCCAGUCCACACUCCUCCUUCUUAUCUUUCCUGUCAGAUUUUGCUUUUUUUUUACACUUGCCUUCGCUCCUGCUUUUUUUUCAUUUUUAUUUCCUUAUUUUUCUGGAAAACUGUAUCUUAACUGUGCUUAUAGUCAAGCUUCCCAAGUGUUCUCCUUGGGUGUGUCAUCAUAUCCUAGACUAGAAAACAUCGGCACAUGCCACUCUGCAUGGGUCACCUCAGUUGCAGACAAAGCACUGUUCUACUUCUACCACAGGCUAACCCCACUCUUUUCCUGUGUUUACAUCAUUGCCUGUUGCUCUGUUGCUUUUGAUCUCGCAUAAUUUUCUGCCAAUAACUUUUAUCUCAUCUGCUUUUUACAAUUUUGUGAAAGACAUUUUCAUAAGAUGUAACCCCUGCUAAUAAUAUGCUGGACAUUAACAAUACAUGGCUUUUACACAUAUCCAAAAGUUAUCAUUGCCAGCUGUUAAGGGAACUCCUCUUAAGUGCUUUGUACGUUGCAAAGUAGAGACGUUUUCACUCUGAAAGUGCAAUCCAGACGAGACUUAAUGUUAUCUGAGUGGCCAUCAGAAAAAAAAAACUAACUUGAACACGAUGUUCAUGAUGUCCGAUGCAAUAUGGAGAUGAUGACAAUUCCUAUGAUACUAGUGAUGAAUACAUCUAAUGUCAACAGAACUAAAAUUGUUUGUUCAUUUGCAUGAACUGCAUGAGAAAUUAUGUUCAACAAGAAGCUAACUGUAUCGCAGUACCUGUAAGAAAAAAAAAAGUUUUUCUUUCAAAAAGCUUCUAAAGCUUUGUCAUUUUUUAUGCAUUUUGAGACAGCUUUACAAGAGACUCAGUCAUAGCAGAGAUUUUUAUGUAGCCGCCAUUCUUUGCCUUUCCCCAAAUUCAUAUAUUUAUUUUCUUGUAUUUAUUUGACUGGGGCCUCCAACUAAAAUAGUGUGAUUUAACUUGAACAAUAUGUCAUAAAGCCAACUAAUGCUGUUAUGAGCAUAAAUAGUUUUUAUACAAAUAUAUUUACUGGUAGUUAUACGUUUUUAAAUAGCAUCGGUAGUCUGCAGCAACUUCUAUUACUGCUGUGAUGCCUAAAUUAAGGCAGGACUCAUGAAUUAUAAAACAAUGGUGCCUUCAUACCUGGUGAGGCAAAGUAAAAGUGAGUAAUAAAUUGACCUGAUAUUACAUAAGUGCUCUCAGUGUAGCAUCAAUACACUUUAUACCAUGCUCAUAACAGUGUAACGAAAGCUUUAUUUUAUACGGUGCACCUUGUACCUUUUGCACCACCCUCGUACCCUUAAUCACAGUAAAAACGCCCUCUUGGUUAUUAUUGUUACGCCAUCAAACAUAUACUAGGUUUGAACCUUUAGAGGGAUGCAUAGCACCAAGCAGGAAAAAAAAUACUGACUUUAUUAUCCCCAUCUCAACGUUUUGUAUGAUAAAGCACAAAAUAUUAUUAAAGGGGACCAGGCAACUCUACAGAGCCAAAAUAUAAUGAAUUAUGAUCAACCAGAGAUGUCACGAUGGCUCCUGCAGUAUGUACGUCUAUUGAUUUAAAACGUCAAUACUGUUACUGUUACAUGUAUUGAUCCUGUCCCAAUAAUUAUGCACAAUUCUUUCAGGGCACUUUAACAAAUUUUAUGUUGACCAAUCAGAAAUGUUAAUUUCUAGAAGAAGAUAGAAGUAUAGCAACUCAUCUAAGUUUUGUUUUUAUUCUGAAUGAGCAGAGUUUUACAUUUCGAGUCAUGUCUCUUGUGGUAAUUAAUGGACGUUAUAUAUUUCAACAACAAAAAAAAAAAUACUUGUGAAGAUUUGAUGUAAAGAGAUGCAGGUGAAUUAUAUGCUCGUGCAAUUCAAGGGGGGAAAAAAGUACAAUACGAGACAGUAUGGGAUGUGGGUCUACUUGGGGAAAGGUAAAUGCAUGUAUUUUACAUUUAUGCAACAGAAAAGUAUUCAAAUAAAAUAUGUAAAUAUAAGUCCUUGCAUGAAAUAAAUUUUAUACACAACGAG